CGUGAUGUCUACCUGCAGCUGUCUAUCUGACUCUCGACCCAGUCUUACAGACUCUUAAACGGGGUUGGCCGGCUGCGUACGCUUCUCAGCGUUUCUUUUCCUUUUGUGAGACCCUCGCCCUCUAACUUCUCCCGCCCCAGGCACUCAGCUAUUGCCUCAGAAUCCCGGUCCGUCCUGUCCGGAGCCAGUAGGGAGUAUCCUUUCAAUCUGACCCCAACAACCGUGAAUGCUGAGUGAGGUACAUCACACUCUCCCUAGCUCAACUACGGCCGGACCCAAACCUGUCUGUCCGCGGGCUGGUCUAGGGCCUCUGCGACUUUUAGUCUGGAUUUGUCCGCCUAUUCUAGCUGUCCCUGACCUUCUCUGGGAUAUUCGUCUUUCACACUAGUCUGACUCAGCCUUCCCCUAGGGCCCUACGUCUUAGCUCAGGAAUUCUGGUGUCUGACACGUGGAGGGAGAAGAUGGGGAAGGGGAAACUGGUUGUUAAUCCUUGUCCUGUUUCAGGUAUGCUUGUGGGGCGUGCCAUCCUUGCUGUCCCAGGUCCAUUUGUCCAUCACCAGACAGUCUCUCCUCUUUAGAAAGUCUGCUCCUCGAAAGCAGAAACCGCCUUUCUUUUUGUUUCCAGCGCUCAACGCAAUGCUUUGCACAUAGUAAACGCUUAAGAAAUGAGUUUUUCCUCCCUCCAUUCAUUCAUUUGUUCUAUUCAUACCUUGCUUCAAUCAUUUCACUAGGAUUGAAUACUUUAUACCACUAUCCCUUUCCCAGUCUGGUAGAGUGCAAACUGUCCAGUCAGUAUUUGGAGGUGUCAGGGUACCUCGGUGUCACCCACUUGUGCAAAUUUCUCAGUUUCUCCAUCUAUUUCCUAUUACUACUGUACCCCUCAUUCCCAAACCCUGCUGCUCCUUCCCUUUUUGCUCCCUUUAAUAUCUGUGCUCCUCAAUGUUUUCUCCCUGUAAGUCUUGCUUUAUAACAUAUCACCUCCAUUCAUUCAUUAGUUCAUUCAUUCCAUAAAGACUGAACACUUCAUACCACCACCCUUUUCCCCAUUGAAGCUGAAUGCAAACUGCCCAGGAUUCAAGUCAAAGGCCCUCAGAGUACAAAUCCCAGUUUUGCCACUCAUUUGUGCAAAUCCCUUUUGGGGCCUCAGUUUCCUUAUCUGUAAAGAGAGGAAGAGCUUAAUACGAUGAGAAAGAGUACUGGACUUGGUCAGAAGAUCUGACUUCGAAUCCCAGCUUGGCCGUUUAUCAGCUAUGUGACCUUGGGCAAGUGACAGAUUUCUCUAUGGGUUUGGAUUUCUGUGAAAGGAAAGGGUUGAACAGGUGUUCUCACUCACUACCCUCCUAGGACUAAAUCCUAUGGGACGGGAGGGGGAGAGAGGACCCGGAGCAACUUCCUCUCCGGCUUAGCCCUGGGCUAAGGUGGGAACUCCAUAUCAGUCUCGGGCCCUUUAAGGCCCUCCCCCCUUUCUCGGCCGGGCGCGGGACUGUGCGGCGGCUCCUUUAAGGCUUGGCCUACGUGGCAGCAGCAGGGGCCGCUGCCGCCGCCGCCGCCGCUGCGGAGAAGGCCGAGGCCACUUCCUGUGGAGGCCGCAGCGGGAGGAGGAGGAGCCGCCACCAGCGCCACACGGGAGGGAGCCGGAGCCCAAGACGGAGCCGAGCCCUCCCGCCGCCGCCGUCGCCAUGGGCCAGAACGACCUGAUGGGCACCGCCGAGGACGUCGCGGACCAGUUUCUCCGAGUCACGAAGCAGUACCUCCCUCAUGUGGCACGCCUGUGUCUUAUUAGCACCUUCCUGGAAGAUGGCAUCCGUAUGUGGUUCCAGUGGAGUGAACAGAGAGACUAUAUUGAUGCUACCUGGAACUGUGGCUACAUCCUUGCCUCCAUCUUUGUGUUCUUAAACUUGCUUGGGCAAUUGACUGGCUGUAUCUUGGUAUUGAGCAGAAACUUUGUACAGUAUGCCUGCUUUGGACUCUUUGGAAUUAUAGCUUUACAGACGAUCGCAUACAGCAUUUUAUGGGAUCUCAAAUUUUUGAUGAGGAAUCUGGCCCUAGGAGGAGGGUUGCUGCUACUCUUGGCUGAAUCCCGUUCUGAAGGGAAGAGCAUGUUUGCAGGAGUCCCAACCAUGCGAGAAAGCUCACCCAAACAGUACAUGCAGCUUGGUGGGAGGGUACUGCUGGUCCUGAUGUUCAUGACCCUUCUUCACUUUGAUGCCAGCUUCUUUUCUAUUCUUCAGAACAUCGUGGGCACAGCUUUGAUCAUUUUAGUGGCCAUUGGUUUCAAAACCAAGCUAGCUGCCUUGACUCUGGUCAUCUGGUUGUUUGGCAUCAAUGUUUAUUUCAACGCUUUCUGGACCGUCCCAGUCUAUAAGCCCAUGCAUGACUUCCUCAAGUAUGACUUCUUCCAGACCAUGUCAGUGAUUGGAGGCUUGCUUCUCGUGGUUGCCUUGGGCCCUGGUGGUGUCUCCAUGGAUGAAAAGAAAAAGGAGUGGUAACAGCCCCCUCCCCAUGUCCCUGCCCAGUGAAGACCAGUGGCUAUCAAGGACAGUGGAUUCAACAAAACUGCCAGCAUUUGCAUACCUGACUCCCUUCCCCUGGUAAAGGCACAGAUGUUUUGAGAACUUUAUUUACAGUGACACAAUCUGAAAUAGAUGGUUAAAUCUGCUUUGGAGGCAUGCUCAGUCCCAAAUUUUAGUUUUUUGGCAUUUUUUUGUUUUUGUUUUUAAAGACUGGCCAGCCUGAACAGUUAACAUAUCAUUCUUUAGCUGAGUGCUCUUAAAAUUCAUCUGCAUGGGCAGCUUGACUGAACCUGGCCUUUUUUUUUUUUUUUUGGUGGGAGGAGGCAGAGUGAACCUGCAAGUUGUACUGUGAGCAGAUACACAACUGUAUCAUUCAAUGUGGUGGUCUCUGGUUUUGUUUUGUUUUGUUUACAUUUUUAGCUAGAACUACUAAAUGAUUUGAGAUAUCCUGGCCCAAACAUUACAUUAUCUUAAAACUUCCUCUAAUGUUCUUCACAUUUUUGUAGGAAAAAUGAUUUAAAGUUUAAAGAAAAAACCAAACCCAAAGAAAUACAGUAUUAACACUCUACUAGAACUCACAGUGGGGCUCAUUAGGUAGUCAUAUAAAGAAUAGCAAGAAGACACAUCAGCACAGCUCUUGGGACUGUUAUAAUAAGUCUUAUACAGGCAAUGUUUCCCCCACAUCACUUAAAGUUGCACUGAUUAAGCUUUAAUGGUUUAAGGGAAGCCUGCUGGAGACUUUGUUUUAGGCACUGACUGCAAUAAGGCAUCAUGGCCUUUUCGAGUGUAAGAGCAGGGUAGUUGUCCCCAUGGGUUCACAGAUAGUGACUCAGGCCUUGUUCAUACAUUUAACACAGUAGGCUGUGGUUGCUAUUGAAGCAUAGCAUCCCUGGUAGGUUGAGAAUGGCUUCUUGGCACUAUUUGGGGGUGGGGGAAAAGUUAGGCUUUCAAACCAGUGCCUCUCAUUCUUUUCUCACAGAGCAAGACCCUAGCUUACUGUGAAACCCUAUUUAGUGUUCUGAAUGGGUUAUUGCAACACCCAUCAUCAGACUUUUCCUUUUGGUAAGGGAUUGCCCCCAGGCUAUGGCCAGGAACUGGGUUUUAUCCCAGGGUCUACCAUUUCAGAAAGAGGCUAUUUUGCUUCAAUUUUUGAAUUUUUUUUUUGCUACACUGUACACAGCCAAAUUGAAUUUUUUUUAAAAGUGUGCUGCCUUACUGAUUUGAUCUUUAUCCUGUAUUUAAAGUUUUCUAACAUUGCCUUAUGCUGUGUUUCUUUGGGGACGGGUGUGGGUGUAUUGGUUGUUGCAAUCCUAUAUUUAAGCAUCCCUGUGUUUUAUAUUGUAGUAUAAAGCUACAGAGCGAUAGUUAAAACUUCUUGCAGUGCCUCCCUACUCCUUAGAGCCUUCCUGUGCAGCCAAAUCUGUGUUACUCUGGUGGCAAUGAGCUAAGUGGCUCCUUUUUGAUUUGGGGGGGGGGGGGUAGUUAAUACUGGAAAUUUAGUCCUUACUUGCAGUUUCCAGGAUCACAACAUCUGGAACUUUUUUCCAGUAGUAGUUCCUUUGUAAGCCCUUCCCUAUAAUACAGAUGUGUAAGGCAGGGCUAUCAACAUAACCAUCUUUGGGCAAGGAGUCCUGGACCUACUCUGUUAAUGCCCUUCCCUUCUGCUUAUUAAUAGGACUGAGACCAUUGGAAAUUGCAAAGGAUGAAGAAUGGAAAUCCUUUUCUGAUUACUUGUACCUUAAGGGAAGGGGUGGAAUUUCUGCUUGCUAUUAUUUCUCUUAGUAUUAUACCAAGCUUAUUGAAGUUUGCCUAUCCUGACACAGAACUCUCCUGUUUAGCUUCUCAUUUUACACCAGGCCCACAGCAGACCUGGAAGGACUUUUCCCCUACUAGGCCAAUUAGCAAACCAUUGACCUCCUCCUAUUUCCUCAAGUAUUUGUAAGAUUAAAUAAGUUUAAUAUUCUCUUGAUUAUUGAGAUGCUCAUUAAGUAAGGGUGGUUUGUAAACAGUAUUUUAGCCAAAAAACAAAAGCUAUAUUUUGGUUGCAGGUCCCAUUCAUUUCCCCCUUACUAAUGCCAUAUAGCACAGCAAACCCAUCAACUGCUUCUUACAAGUUAACAUUUAUCUUUGUAGGCAACAUCUUUGCCAAGGCAACCUGGUCUCCUCAGCCCUGCUCUUCUGCAGGCUGGCUUUUCUUUUACUGUUUGAGAAAUGGGAGUAACUUGAGCACCUGAAACAGUGCUGACAUCGGUGAUCUUUUCCAUGAUCGAAGUGUCCCUUUGGCUCUGCUGCUUCUCUUUUCCACCCUGUGAUUUUAGUGGUCCAGUGCCUGGGGCAGGGACAGAAAUUUGUAUUUACCAACAAUUGGCUUUGGCAAAAGUGUUUAAAUUUUUUUUUUGCUUCGUGUGGGAAAGAAUAGGUAUAAAUCUCAUUUGAUGCUGUAUUUUAUAUCUUAGUUGUAUUUGAAAAUGUUUUGAUUUUUGGAAACAAACAUCAAAAUAAAAUAAUGGCAUUUGUUGUA